AUGGCGACCACGUUGCCCAGCCGGGCGAAGCAGGACUGGGCUGACGACGAGGACGUGGAGGAGACGUCGACGGAGUUGCCGCCGCCGCAGACGAUCAACAACAAGGAUGGGACUAAGACGACGAUCACGUACGGAUAUAAUGACCUGGGACAGAAGGUGAAGACGACACGCCGGAUCCGGUUGAUCACGCACCGCGAGGUGGUGAACCCGCGGGUGGCGGAACGGAUGACUUGGACGAAGCUGGGGCUGUCGGCUAAGGAUGGCAAGGGACCAGCGCAAGACACGACGUCGGUGGGCGAAAACAUUAUCUUCCGGCCGAGCGCCAACUGGCGCAAGGACGCCAAGGACGAGUCCAAGGACCCGAAUGCGGCAGCGCUCAAGGACAAGCUCAAGGACAAGAAGGUCAAGUGCCGUAUCUGCAACGGCGAGCAUUUCACGGCGCGCUGUCCGUACAAGGACACGAUGGCUCCGAUCGGCGAGACGACCGGCGGCCUGGGCGACGAGGAGGACGACGGGCCGGGUGGUGGCGGCGGUGGCAGCGGCGGCGCCAAGGGGCCGGGCACGCUGGGCCUCGACAAGAAGGGCUCGUACGUGCCGCCGGCACUUCGUGGCGAUCGUGGUGCGGCGGCGGGCGAGCGCAUGGGCGGACCAGGUGGCGCUGGCGGCAAGUACGGCGAGCGGGACGACUUUGCCACGCUGCGUGUGACCAACGUGUCGGAGCUGGCGGAGGAACAGGAGCUGCGCGAUAUGUUCGAGCGCUUCGGCCGUGUCACGCGCGUCUUCUUGGCCAAGGACCGCGACACCGGGCUGGCCAAGGGCUUUGCGUUUGUCAGCUUUGCCGACCGGACCGAUGCCGAGAAGGCUUGUGAGAAGAUGGAGGGCUUCGGCUUCAAGCAUCUCAUCCUGCGGGUGGAGUUUGCCAAGAAGGCGACCUAG